AUGUCUACCGAUUUCACUGAGGAAUCUAAUCUAUCGGUGACAUCCCCUAUAAAUUCUACAUCAACGACAAACAGUAGUGGCAAUAAAAGCAGCGUGAUUAAUAUGGAUACGAAACGAUACGGAGCAAUUCGUAAAAAUCGACGAUAUAUUCCAAGAAAACGUUUGCUUAUGCCAUAUUUUCUAUUAGGUGGAAACAAAAGCGAUCCAUUAAAUUUGAAUGCUUUAAUACAACAGAAAAAAGAAAAAACAUUUCAUACCGAUAUUGUCAAUCCGCCUAAACCAAAUAAUAAUAAUUCAUCCGAUGGUGGUCUUACUGUUGAAAUAUUAUUAACACCAAAUACAAGAGAUCCUUUGAGAUUAGAUGGAGAUUCACGAUCAAGAAAUCUAUCUUUAUCGGUGACAUCAGAUAACAAGAAUGUGAACCCAACAGGUAGAUGCUAUUAUAGACAAGCAAGUCAACCAUAUGGAAAAAAUAAAAAUCUUGUUACAGAUUCAUUUAUUCAUCCUCAAAAUAAUCGUCCAGUGAAUACAAUUCGUUCACAUGCUCAACAUAUUUCUCCGUCUAUUCGUCCUUUGCUGUCGAUUCAAACAUCGGUACCAAAUUCUGUUAACAAUCAUUUAAAUCUAUAUCGUCCAUCGUUGAGUUUUGAUAAUCAGUAUUAUAAUCAAACUCGUUCUGAUUCAAUUACAACACCGUCAACGAAUGUACAAAAUAUGUGGCCGCAACUAGCUGAUGAACACGAAGAUGAUGAGGUUGUCAAAUUUAGAGAGCAAGGUGAAGAAAUGUGCUAUGGAAAUUUUAAAGGCUAUUAUGGUUAUCGUGAUCCUUCGCAAGAUAAUCGUUUGACUUAUAUGAAAUCAGAAUGGUUUAAACAAAAAGAUGUUCUCGACAUCGGAUGCCAUACUGGUCACGUAACAUUUUUUAUUGCUGAAAAUUUUAAUCCAAAAACAAUUCUGGGAGUUGACAUUGAUCAACAAUUAAUACAUCAAGCAAGACAACGUUUAUGGGAUAAAAUACAGAAUCAUAAACGAACUAAAAUUAAUAAUGAACAACAGUCAAACAGAGAUAUCCAAUUUCCGUUGAACAUGCGUUUUCAACAGGCAAAUUUUGUAUUGGAAAACGAUGAUGAUCUAAAUUAUGUUACAGCAGAAUAUGAAACCAUAAUUGCAUUUAGUGUAACGAAAUGGAUUCAUUUAAAUUUUGGAGACUGUGGUAUUAAACGAUUUUUCAAACGUAUUUAUCGUGCAUUGAGGCCAGGUGGAAUUUUGUUAUUAGAACCACAACAAUGGCAAAGUUAUCGAAUCAAACGUAAAAUGACUAAAAAAAUAUGGGAAAAUUAUCGUCAUAUUGAAUUUAAACCAACGGAGUUUUUAUCUUAUUUGUUAUCGAGUGAAGUGGGUUUUCAAACAUGUCGUACAAUCGGUACACCAACACACAAGAAUAAAGGUUUUGAACGUCCAAUUUUGAUGUUAAUUAAAGCCAGUUUUAUUGAUACUUUAUCAAAUCAACAAGAAACAAAUCCGUUACCUCGUGCGUCCUCAGUCUGGCGUUCUGAUGCUGAUAAUUUAGAUAUGACAACUGCAUCUAAUGAGCAUAAUAAUAUUUUGAUUACUGAUGCUGAUCAUGUGUCAUUAUUACCGCGUAUGGAUCCUUCUACGCCUAUUCAAAUACAAUCAUCAGCGGUCCAAAUGAUUGAAUAG